UACGGCUUGGCUCGCAGUCGCAGCUCUACGCUUCACCAGUUUCAGUUCUAACUUUCCUUUCAUUUCCCCGUAGAAAGAGUUGGAGUAGCCCACCCAGUAACGGAACAGGCAAACCAUCUCCCUGCGCCUUGCAACCCCGUGGGUAAGAUGGAGAAUCUAGAUGCAAAUCAGCUUCCGGAAGUAGAUGCAAUGCCGGAUGGAUUUGUUGACAGCUCCACGGAGCCUGUGGCUCCUGCAACCCCAACUGUAGAACAAGAGAAGCCACGGAGUCAUGAUACCGAAGAAGAUACAAUGUCUGAUCUGCAUCAUCCUAAUUUGCCAGGACCGCUGGAGCUCUCGAAUGAAUCGACACCAAGUCAUCCUGGAAGUCAGAGAACUGAAAAGACACGGACUUUUCCUGUUCCGCUGUCUGAAUCUGAUGUGUCUGAAGGUUCAGUGCAUGUGAUAGAACUGCCCCCUAAAACAGAAGAAGAUAUAGUAAGGAUCCCUGAUUCAGUGGAUCAAGUUUCUGAAGCUCCCCCUGGAGCAACCAGCAAUGACGCAAAAGAUGGUGUCGACAGUGACAGUCAAAAUUCACAGAGAUCUGUUCAAGCCACUUCAGACAUGCAAAAUGUGGAUGUGAAAGAAAUAUCUUCCUUGGAAAACAUCGGGUUACCAGGGAGCAGAAAACAGGAAACUUCUGAAAAUAAACGUAAGAAUGUUAAAAAGACAUUUAAAGCAGAGAAGGAGUUUCUAGAGUUUACUUUGAAGUAUCAGCAAGUUCUUUCUGAAAGAGAUGCUGCUAUCAUUGUCCGUAAUAAGCUCGAGUCACUGUGUAGGGAGUUGCAACGCCAGAAUAAAGUACUAAUGGAUGAGUGCAAAAGAGUAUCAACCGAAGGACAAAGUUUGAGAUUGGAUCUAUCUGCCAGGUUUCAAGAUGCAAUUAAGGAUGUGAGCAAUAAGCUGGAUGAGCAGAAGGAAGAAAGUCUCUGUCAGUUGAGGGAAAAUGAGAUGUUAAGAACCAAGCUGAAGCAACUUGCUGAGCAGUAUACGCUUUCUGAACAGCAAUUUGCACAGAAGCUAAAACAGAAAAGCCUGGAACUUCAGAUCUCUGAUCUAAAGAUCAAGCAGCAUGAGGAAAAAUUAGUCCAGGAGCAGUCACAGAUGAAAAUUUAUGCUGAACAGGUGUCACAGUUACUAUCAACCGAAAAGAAUUUGAGGUUGCAAUUGACGGCAGAUGGGGAGAAGUUUCAACAAUUCCAGGAAGCAUUAGUGAAGAGCAAUGAAGUUUUUGAAACAUUCAAGCAAGAGAUUGAGAAGAUGGCAAAGUCCAUAAAGGAACUGAAGAAGGAGAACACGUUUUUGAAGAGUAAAUGUGACAAAUCCGAUUUUACCCUUAUUGAGCUCCUCGAGGAGCGGGAAAGAAUGAAGAAACAACUGGAGAAAACCAAGAACCAGAAAGAAAAACUAGAAUCAUUGUGCAGAUCACUUCAGGCAGAAAGGAAGCAGAAUUCUGCUGCCGCUGAUACAACUGCUACAAGCAAUGUCCCUGACCCACUUCCGGAAUGACAGGUCUAUUUGCAGCAGCUCCUUCAACAAAGUUAUGUUCCAUUUUUCUCUGGACAGCUACCCCUCAUUUGACUAGUCUAACUUGAUGGGAUCUGGAUGUAACUGCUUGUAUGCUCUUCUGGAAGCAGUCAAACCAAGCAUACUAGAACAGAGAGUUGAGAGAGAAUGGUCCUUGUUUAUUUAUAGAUGCAUUCUUGCAUAUUUCAGUGUAGUCGGAAUGCGGAAGAGGGAGGAGGUGACAUUGGAAGCCCCUAGCUGGAAAGCGCCCUUCUGUACUGUUGUGUUCUUUUGUAUGUAUAAUCGUCAGCUGGUUGAGUUGCUUGAUUGACGAGUUGGAUUGCUGACCAACUAUCGGCAAUGAAGGAAUCAAGUCAUUUUUAUUCCUGCAUUCUCUUCUUUCAGCGAGAUUAUCUUGAUGGUUAUGCCAUUUUAUUGCAGUUUUCUUUUCUA